UGGGAGGCAAAGCAGGGAGGCAGCGCUGGGAGGGAAGGGGUGCAGAGCCCCCCCAUCCUCUGCAGGGGCUCGGGACAGACAGGGAGCCGGGGCAGGACACACAGCCGGCCCUGGGGCUGGUUCAUUCUCCUGGGAUAUCCAUGGCAGAAGCUGUUUAAAUGCUUCCCGAGGAACCCCAGACCCCGGGGCACAGCUACAGCUCAGGCUGCUGCAGGAGCUCGGUGUUCCUUGGGGAGCCCCCCUGACAGACACCCGGACACCUGGGAGGGACAACCUGACCCUGAAACCCCAGACCCAAAGGCACAGCUACAGCUCAGGAGCUCGGUGUUCCUUGGGGAGCCCCCCUGACAGACACCCGGACACCUGGGAAGGACAUCAGGACCGUGCGUGUCUCAUCCUUAGAACCCAUCCCCAACUCCAGGAGGCUUUAAAGGAUCACCCCCACCCCCAGAACAUCCCACCAUGAACGGGUACCUGAACGAAUCCAAUUUCCUGAUGGUGGAGGAGGGCUUCACCACCAGAGACCUCCUGGAGAACCUGCUGGGGGAGCUGUGCCAGGAGAGCCAGCAGCACCAGGCCCUCUUCGUGGCAGACCUGGGGGACAUCGUGAAGAAGCACCUGUGUUUCCUGAAGGCCCUGCCCAGGGUGAAGCCCUAUUUCCCAGUGAAGUGCAACGGCAGUGAGGGGGUGCUCAGGCUGCUGGCAGAGCUGGGGGCAGGAUUUGCCUGUGCCAACAAGGCAGAGAUCAGCCGUGUCCAAGGCAUUGGGGUGCCACCAGACAGGAUCUUCUACUGCAGCCCCUGCAAGCAGGUUGCCCACCUCAGGUAUGCAGCCAGCCACGGGGUCAGGCUGAUGGCCUUUGACAACGAGGUGGAGCUGGGCAAGGUGGCCAGGAGCCACCCCCGUGCCAGUGGGCACCUGCUGCAGGCAGCCAAGGACCAGGCUGUGGAGGUUGUUGGCAUCAGCUUCCACCUGGGGAGCCGUGGGCUGGAGCCCCAGGCCUGGGCACAGGCUGUGGCCACAGCACAGCUGGUGUUUGACAUGGGCACAGAGCUGGGACACCACAUGCACCUCCUGGACAUCGGGGGAGGCUUCCCUGCCACUGAGGACACCAGAGCCCCGCUGGAAGAGAUUGCUGCUGGGAUAAACUCUGCCUUGGAUUUGUACUUCCCUGAGGGCAGCGGGGUGGAAAUUAUUGCCAGGCCUGGGCGUUACUUCGUCACCUCUGCCUUCACCUUGGCUGUCAGCAUCACUGCCCUGGAGGAGAUCCCCGUGGAGCAGCCUGGAUCUGAUGAGGAAGAGUGUGGCAGCAAGAAGAGCCUGGUCUAUCACCUCAGUGACGGCAUCUACGGUGCCUUCAGCUGCCUCCUGUUCGACAGCCCCUGCCCCAGGCCCCGCUGCCGCCGCCGAUAUCCCCUCGGCCGCGGCUCCCUUGCAGCGGGGCUGGGAAUGGAUAUUGAGGAGAUGACGUUCAAGCGGGGAAGGGAAGGGAAGGAGGGGGGGGGAACCACAGCGAAGUUUGGCCGCGAGAACUCCCGAGGAAAGAUGUUUGAGGCGGCCUGA